AAAUUCAGGAGGCGAUGAAAGUGCUGAAAUGGAAAAUGGACUUUGCCAAUCAUUGUUGUCUAGUUCGAAAGAAAGUCAAGUUGAAGCUGAAGGCCAAGCAUGUGGGGACAGUGAAAAGCCUUUAAAAGUACCAGCAAAUUCAAUUGCUUCAGCUUAUAGAUUGUUAACACCAGGUGUAAAGGCUCAAUUGUUAAUUUAUUUUAUGCUAAAGUAUGCAAUGGAGAUUUUGCUAUCGGAAUCAAGCCUUGUGACCACAUUAUAUUUUGGUUGGAAUACGAGUGCAUUGGCCAUUUUUUUAGCAAUCCUUGGGCUAACAGUCCUGCCCGUCAAUGUUGUGGUUGGAAGUUACAUAACUAACAUGUUUGAAGACAGGCAAAUUUUAUUUGCAUCUGAAAUCAUGGUGUUGGUGGGUGUUAUUUUAAGUUUUCGCGUCACUCCUUCAUACUGUGCGACACAAUAUGUAUUAUCGGCUCUUCUCACAUUCGUGGCUGCUGAAGUUCUUGAAGGCGUGAACCUAUCUCUUAUGUCGAGAGUAAUGCCCUCAAGGCUUUCUCGUGGAACCUAUAAUGGUGGAUUACUCUCAACUCAAGCAGGAACUUUAGCCAGAGUUGUCGCUGAUGCCACCAUCACCUUAGCUGGCUAUUUGAGGGAAGACCUGCUUCUUAACGUCACCCUCGCUCCCUCUCUUUUAAUCUGUAUAGCCUCUAUUGCUGCUACAUAUCUUACAUAUAACACUCUUUAUUAAUCUUUUCUUUUAUUUCAUUUAUUUCCUUUGUUAUUCAAUUUGUAUAU